CGACUGGAGUCAGAUGCGCAACGCCGCUCCCGUAGGAAGAUAUUUUAUCCUAUUUAAUAACGAAUAAUUAAUAUUUUAAGGAUUUGAUAUAGAUCGCCAGCUAUUUUAGCGUUAGAAUAGGAUAUUAAACCCGCUGUACUUGUGUCCUGUACAGUGGACUGUGAUGAUGAAGAAAUCAAUGGAUCAGCAAACUGUAUCCAAGAGAUCCAUAUGAUCAACAACAGAUGUUUUUCAUGAGAAAACAGCUGAAAGCUGUUCAAUGACGAAUCUGAACUGCUUCGGCCGUCACCGCAGACGAACAGCUCCUCAGUUCACCGACAGCAGAAGUGAGCUGUUCUCUCGGCCGCUUCACUCCAGGAUCAACGGCUGGUCUCUUCCUCUGCACUUCUUCCAGCUCCUCGCCUUGAUCAUCUACAGCUUCAUGGCCAUCGUCGGCUUCGGCAUCUACGUGCCUCUUCUGCCAGCGCCGUGGAGCUUUGCAGCGUACGCCUUGAUGGGCGCUGCGUUCGUUCUUCAUCUGGUGACUCACAUGGCGGCGGUGACCAUCGAUCCUGCAGAUCUGAGCGUUCGGACGAGGAAGGAUUACUCCAGCCCCAUGCCUGUGUUUGACAACACUAAACAUCAACACGUCAUCCACAACCUGCACUGCAUGCUGUGUGAGGUGGACGUCGGACCUAAAGCCAAACACUGCAGCUCAUGCAACAAAUGCAUCGCAGACUUCGACCAUCACUGCAAGUGGCUGAACAACUGUGUGGGAGGAAGGAACUACUGGUUCUUUUUCAUAACCAUCUGUUCUGCUGUGGUGGGGAAGAUGCUCCUGGUUCUUGUGGUCUUGUUUGUCUUCAUCGAGCACUAUGUGAACCCUUCUGUCCUGCGCACCGCGCCGCAGUUUCAGACUGUGAAAGGCAACGUCUCGUGGCUGGUUUUCCUGCCGACGGCUCCUUUAGAGACGAGCUCCAUCAGUCUUCUGGCGCUGGCCUUCAUCACAGUCCUGCUGGCUCUGGCUGCUCUCUUACUGCUCUGCCACUUACUCUGCUUCCACAUUUACCUCCUGUCUCAGGGCAUCAGCACUUACGAGUACAUCAUCAGAAAGCGCCAGUCUCCGAACGCUAAAGAGAAAGAGCAGGUUCCUCCGGCGCUGCCGUCUGACGGAGUCACCGCACAGAGUCUCGGGCCGCUGGAGUCUCCUGUGAACUGUGACGCGCCGCUCUCCAGCAGAUCUUGCACGUUUAAACUGGAAGAGAGAGGACCAACAUCCGCUCGACUGCCAGAGCCCAUCUGUGCUGAGCUGGAGGAGGUGAAUGAAGAGAGACGUCUGGAAUACAGCUCUGGAUCCCCAGCUCAGGUGAUCGCAGCUGAGCCUGUGAUGUCACUUCCUGUGGGCUGGAACCUCAGCGGGAUGGAGAAGAAGCCUGCGGAGGGAAGGCCGAUCGUCCAGGACCCGCUGGGAAGCUCCAUCAUGGACGCAGCCGUGGUUCAUCAGCAGCUGAUGACGGAGACACAGACGCAGUAUUUGGGAUUCACUGAGCAGAUGCCAUGAGUCUAAACUCACAAACUGAUGCACACGGCAAGAUCUGCCUAAAGUCUGAUUGAUCCACUUCAGUAAGGAUAUAUAUAUACACCGAAAGAUCUGAUGGGGAUGAUCGUCUUCGAGUCGAACUAGAUUAAUGAUUCAAUGAACCGUUCUUAAAGAACCGUUUAGUUCACUCCUGAAUGAAUCAGUCAUUUGAACGAAUCGCAUGAAUGAAUA